ACAAGGGAUCCAUCCAUAAGAUUGUGGAGCUGCCAGACGGGGUGCAGAACAUCAUGGAGCUCCAGGUCUUCCCAAAGAAGGACCCAAUCCAGUCCAUGAUCCUGGACCACAAGAGGGCAGCGCUGUACGUUGGAUCAGCAAAUAAAGUCGUGGAGAUACCCAUGGACAUGUGCAGGGUGUACCGCAACAACUGUGAAAGCUGCUUGCUGGCGAGGGACCCGUACUGUGGGUGGUUCAAUGGAAGCUGUCAGUCGGUUUAUCUAAACCGGGAGGUACAUCAGAACCUGAACCUGGACGCAUGGCAAGGAAAGUGCCAGAAGGGGGAUGUUAAGGAAGCAGAUGACUAUCAGAACAUCGCAGUCGUCCCUUUCUCCCGCUACUACCUCAACUGUCCCAUCGAGUCCCACUAUGCCACCUACAACUGGUACCACAACAACAGCCUCAUCAAGACCUGCAACACCACCCACCCCCAGCAGAACUGCUUCCACUUCAUCCAGAACGUGAGCCACGUGCACUACGGCCACUACAUCUGCAUCUCGGAGGAGGACGGCUUCAAGCAGGCCCUGGUGAAGGAGCGCCUGGUGAACCAGCACCGAUUCAUGUCCCAGAAGGGCCAGGCCACCCUGACGUUGGGCUCUUGGCUGCAGCUGCUCUUGAUGGUGGUGUUGGUGGUGCUCUUCCACUGA